AUGAUCGUGCUGACCGAUGGGGAGUCCCACGAUGGGGAGGAACUUAAAGAUGCCCUGGAAGAGUGCGAGGAACGGAACGUGACACGUUAUGCCAUUGCGGUAAGAUGUUCAACCUACAUGGACAUUGUGAUUGUCCUGGAUGGCUCCAACAGCAUUUACCCAUGGUAUGAGGUGCAGAAUUUCCUUAGCAACAUUCUCAGCAAAUUUUUCAUUGAUCCAGAGCAGAUCCAGGUUGGAGUCUUGCAGUACAGCGAAGUUGCGGUUCAUGAGUGGACCCUGAAGGAUUACAAGACGGCAGAGGAGGUCAUCGAAGCUGCCCAAAAUAUCAGCCGGCAGGAAGGACUUGAAACUCGGACAGCUUCUGCCAUCCACAAGGCCUGGUAG